UGCAUCCCUAGAUUGUAAAUGACCGUCGCGACACAUGGGAGUUUCUGCUUUUAGAAAGAAAAGUAUAAUUGAAGUUUCCUACAGUUGACGAACAUUUCAGCGUUGAAAAGAGCGAGCGAACAAGCGGCCGCCAGUGUCAGAGCGUGCACUGCCGGUGAUAACUUGGAUAAUAAUCUACGAUCAAACCCUCGACGAUCAUGUUUACCGCCGGCGCCUCCACGAUCAAAAUCAAUUUGUCAUCUCUAACUUCUCCUUCCUUUCGCUUCCUUUCCUCUACCUCUUCCUCUCCUUCACUACAAACCAAAUCACGGGAUUUCACUCCCUUGACGAACGUUUCGCUUUCCACAGGAAAACGACGAUAUCUCUGCUCUGUCUCUGCAUCUAAAUCUGAAAAUGGAUUCACGGGAUCCUCUUUUCAGGGAGAUGAAUCGUUUUUCAGGAGUGUAUUGGAAGGCAUGGAAACGGUUUAUUUGAACAGGAAUCCCACGGCGAAAGCUGUUUUGGGGCUGGUUCAGUCAGCCGACGGCGAACGCAUUUGCUAUGAUCAUUUUGCUUUCAGGACAUUUGGGGUGAAUGGUCACGGAAUUGAUUCCAUGGCAAGUAUUUUCCUGGAUUACGGUUAUACACAGAAGGAGGAACUGAGAUUUCCUGUUAAAAAAUUGAGAGCACUGUGGUUUUCGCCUCCCAGUAAUCUUUCCGAUGCUGGCAGUGGCAUUAAAGGGCCUCUGCCUAGAAUUUUCAUAUCGGAGCUUCUUGUGGAUCAGAUGAGCCCACAAGCGCAAGAAAUCAUUAAAAAAUAUGUGGAGAUAUCUGCAAGCGGAUAUAAACAUGCCGCUCUUGCAAGUGCUUUAGGCUCUCUGACAUGGAAGAAGCCCUUGUAUUCUGAAUUUCAGCAAUUAGCAAGGGAGAGUGAAUAUGCUGCCUGGACACUUGUCAAUGGUUAUGCAUUAAACCAUGUUACCAUUUCCACUCAUCGGCUGAAAUCUCAGUUGAGAAGUAUCAAACGCCUCAAUCAAUUUAUUGAGGGCAGUGAGUUCAAAUUAAAUUCCGAAGGGGGCAUUCUGAAAGUGAGUCCUGAUGGACUUCUGCUACAAAGUUCAACUGUGGCGGAUUCGAGUACUUUCCAAUUUUCCGAUGGGGUGACCGAAUCAGUUCCUUGUUCAUAUAUUGAAUUUGCUGAACGCCUUGUGUUGCCGCAAUACAAAAAUCUACCAGAAGAAGAGGUUCGGGAAUUCCAUAGGCGAGAUGGGUUUGAGGUUGGAAAUGCUGAUAAGAUAUUUGAGAGCACAUCCAAAGAGCAAUUGACUAGGAGGGCUGCAUAAGAGGCACAUUUGAGGUUCUAUAGGACGCGACCUUCAAAGCCAAGAAAAUAAUAAAUAUAUUUUGUAAAUAAAUUUGAUUAACUUAAUAAAAUUCUGCAACUUUGAUGUGUACAGAGUGCCAGUGUAGCAAAAUAUAAUAAUUGAAGCAGACAAAUCCCUUGGAUGUUUCAAGUGUUGGAUUGGCA